CCACAUUUGCCCACUAUAAUCUUUAAACAGCUAGACACAUGCACAAAUUAUGUUACCUUAAAUAGUAAAUUUAAGGAAACAAGGCAGGUUUGUAAUAAGUGUAAUCAAUACGUAGAUCUAGUGAUAUCGAUUUUUAAAAUCCUUAUUCAGUCUGUUGCUGAGCGUUGGUGCAUUGAUGGCGACGCACUCAUGUAAUUUGCUUUAGAUCAGUUAUACUCCGAUCCUCUAUGACCAGUGAUAACAGGCUGCAAUGUAUUACGUUAUCCUCAAUAGAAUGAGUAACUCCAAUUCUUCCUGUUUGUGUUUGAGCAUCGUUUUAUGAGAUCUGGCAUUAGAUUUGCAUUUUUUCUUUCUGCGAUUUUUCUUAAUUUUUAUUUUUGCUGGAAAUGUUUCCUUCGUGCUAUUCUAAGCCCAAGAAUGGGUCUCAGUUUAAGAUGUCGUACACGAAAGUUAUAUUUGGAGUGUUGGUUGUCUAUGUGCUCCAUACGUGCUGGGCCAUAUAUGGCUUCGUGUAUACAAAACCGUGUGAAGGUGCAAAAGGUGACCACUGCGUUACAUCUUAUCUGACUACCAAACCGAGACUGCAGCUUAGUUUCUAUUCGACCCUGGACCCUAAUGAAGAGAGUGCGCACAGGCUCUUGCUCAAAGUGGACAAAUUUGAAAUUCACACCAAGUUUGAAAGAAAGGUGACCGUCUCAUUUCCUGAGAUGACUAAGAAUGGGACCAUCCAUGCAGUGGUGUUUGUACACAAGAGUGGAGUAUCACCAUGGAAGGACAGUAAACAUGUGCGACUUGUGACACGUCUCACCUUUCAAAUGACUCCUCUUGCUCCAGCGGGUAGCCCUGGCUCUACUGAAGAGGCUCAUAAGGGAACAGAAGAACCAAGGCUUGUGUCAUACUGGAAAUCGCACAUUACUCUAAACAUGAUGACAGAGGACUUCACUUUUAAUAACGCAGCAGUGCCCAGUGAUCUGCGCAGAUACAUGAAAAUAGUUGAAGAUGGAAAAAAGGACAAAAAGAAACUAUACCUGCCCCUUUUACUCAUUGAUGAAAUGCGAAGCAGACUAAAAGACUUCAAUGAGAUAAACAUUACUACAAAAGCAGCCCCCCUCAUGAUAUCAUAUGAUACAAUAACGCUUCGGAAAUUUAGAAUAUGGAUUCACAUCCAAGCUGUCAUAUUCUCACUCAAACAUUUUGGAUUUUCUGAGAAGAACCUUGAUGAAAUUAAAGCUAUGUUUGUUGAGAGUGGCGUUCAUAUCUUGGUUUUGUCUAUCUUGGUGCCAGCAUUCCAUCUCUCAUUUGAAGUCUUUGCUUUUAAAAAUGAUGUGAGCUUUUGGCGAGGGAAGAAAAGUUUAGCUGGCAUCUCCAAACGAUCAGUGAUCUGGAGGUGUUUGAGCACUUUUGUGAUAUUCCUUUAUCUGCUAGAAGAGAAAAGCAGCUGGCUUACUCUUAUUCCCAUGGGAGUUGCAGUUUUAAUUGAGUUGUGGAAAGUCAGCAAAGUCUUUGCACUUCAGCCCAGUUUUAAGGAUGAGAGAGAUGAGACUGAGCGAGCAACAGAAGAAUAUGAUGCCAAGGCAAUGAAAUUCUUGUCAUAUCUAAUGUAUCCAUUGUGCAUCAGUGGGGCCAUGUACUCUUUCUUAUAUCUCAAGAAUAAAAGUAGUUGGUACUCUUGGACCAUAAACAGUCUUGUCAGUGGGGUUUAUGCAUUUGGAUUCCUAUCUAUGGUCCCACAGUUAUUUAUAAAUUACAAGCUAAAAUCUGUUGGCCAACUUCCAAUUUCAGUAUUGCUCUACAAAGGCCUGAACACAUUUAUAAGUGAUGUAUUUAGUGGAAUUAUAACCACUCCUGGACCCCAUCAGUUGGCUUGUUUCAGAGAUGAUGUGGUCUUCCUAAUCUACCUCUACCAGCGGAGGAUUUACCCUCUGAACAAAUCUAGAGGUCGAGAGUAUGGGGCUUCACAUAGGAAGAAACCUAAGUCAAAAACACAUGAAGACUGACUACAUGCAUCAGCAGAGGUACAGGAAAUGCUCAAGCUAUGAGCAUGUAUGACUGUGAAGUAGCACAGUCACUGAGUGUGAAUAUGGAAGAUGACUGAAACAUCUGUCCAAACUUCCUCUCUGGCUCUAACUUUCUUGGGCCUGAAGACUCCCAUAGUAUGCAGUCUAAUACAUCUACCAUAUUCUAAAGCUUGAGAGACCACAAUUUGAAUGUAGCCCUACUGCAUGACAAGUCAUUUGACACUGAGUGCUUUGGUUUUAAGAAAGUUUAUUUUUAUUAUUAUUAUUAUUAAAUCUUCUGUUAAACUAAACAGUUUAGCCUUAACAUACAGAUCAUGUAAACUACAUAUUACAUCCCACCAGGGAAAAAUACUUGCUACAUUUACUCUCAAAUAAUUAGUGUAACUGCUCUAGACUCAUAGUCACUGAGAAAGUGACUAUGCAUGCAAAGGCUCAUCUGGAUUAAUAUAGGAAAUGACCUACUUCACCCAGAGCGUUAAUGAAACCGCUGCUAUCAGCAUCUAGCAAAAAUAGUGUCAAACCUGUGAACCAGACACCUAUGAUUUAACUGGCUUCAACUUAAUAGAUCAGUACAUUUUUAGCCUACAAUCUAAUGCACUAGAUUGUAAGAGGCCCUAAACCUAUAGCUCAAUACAGAUGCUGCAUUUGUUUGCAGCAUCACCUGUGCUUUAGAUUCCUCUAGUGUUUGUUUAGAGACCGCUUCAUAACUGAGGUAGACGAGAAUAUACAGGAAGUACUGUAAAGAAAACAAAUACAUUUAUCCAUAAGGCAAGCCAUGCUUCAGUUUGUUUGUUUUAAAUAUAAUUGUUUUGAAAACAUUUAAUCAUGUCUAAUAAAAAUCUUAAUGAAUUUUAAUUGAAACUUGA